AUGGCCUCAGCACGUGUUCUGCUGCGGUCCGGCCGCAUGGCCAUGCGCUCCGGCGUCAGACCUCUGUCAACCACGCCAUCGAGACUCGCCGUCCCCUUGAACGAGCGAGGCAAUGACACUGCCCCCGAAUACCGCAAGUACCAGAUCGAGAAGCCGCUCAACCCGCACAUGACCAACACCAACUCGACCAUCUCCAACGAGAUGCCCAGCAUCGGCGAAGAUGGACCGCCCCCAGAGAUGAUCACCAGCGUGGAUGGGAAGUUCGUUCCCAAGGACUCCAAGCCCGAGAACACGGAGAAGAUGACGGGAGGAACGCAAGAGCCAGCGCCCAAGUCAGGUCCCAAUUCAGAGCUUGAUGUAGGUGAAAUCGAGGGCGGCAAGUUCAGGGUCGAACCCCUUCGCCGCACUGGCGAGGAUGUGAACACAAUGCGCGCCCGUCUCCUAUAUCAAAGCCGGAAAAGAGGCACGCUAGAGAGCGAUCUGCUCCUGUCCACCUUCGCCGACGCGAACCUCGGCGUGAUGACUGCAAAGCAGCUGCAGCAGUAUGACCUUUUCCUUGAUGAGAACGAUUGGGAUAUCUAUUACUGGACGACGCAAGAGGCGCCGCCCACUUCAAUGGCGUACGCGGAGGGCGCAGGGCCUGGUUUUGCUGAUCCAGAGGUGCAAGGGAAGGAUCCACAAAAUGUCAAGCGUGCGCCAGAUGGAGGCCCUGUUUCUGAUACCGAUGGCUGGAGGGUAGGCAAGCCGAGAAGUGGUGAAUGGGCACAAACUGUUGGUACUUUCAAGCCUGCCUAUCGUCCAGUUCCAAACCGGUGGAAGAGCAGCGAGAUUCUGUCCAUGCUGCGACAGCAUGUCAAAGACCGCAGUGCUGGGGGUGCUCAAAUUAUGUCGGGUGGACAGGCGGAUGUUGCUCAAGUUCAUCAUCCUCGAGGUGGUGGGUUGGGUUUCAUGCCUGAGCUGAAGAACUUUGACCAGUGA